AUGACAAAGAGGCCUCGCACGACAGAGCAUGUUGCGGCAGCAUUUGUUCUGUCACUUGCGCUCUCAACCCCCACACACGCACAACAACAACCCAAUGCUACAACAACGACCUCGACCACAACACCCACAUCGACUUCAGCGCCACCAGCACAGUAUACCAACGGUGCACCGAAUGCCUUUAUUGGCGUUGCCUCCGCAACAGGCAACGGACGCAUCUUUUACCAGGGUGGACAGCUCAACACCGCGACGGUGCAGUACUCAAACGAACUGCUCUCGCUCGAUGUCACAGUAUCGUGGCCUAUUUCGAAUCCUGCUUGGAGCAAUCUGACAACCCCAACCUCGGGCGCAGGGGGACCAAAGGUUUCCAGCCAUUCGGCCACGAUGUCCAAGGAUCUGAAUACCCUGUAUUUGACAGCACCUACGGGGGAGUUGGAGAAUCCGUUCUUGUACGAGUACAACGUCAAGACGGCGACAUGGUCCACGGAGAAUGCACCGUCAGCCCAGGCAGCAAUAUGGACCAGCCGCAAAGAGGCCCAGCUGUUGACCGAUCCCGCCACAGGUGCCAUCUGGUACCUGGGCGGGGCUCUACCCGGUGGAAUCGAUAUCAAUGAGAUUGACAGGUACCAGAACGGAUCGUGGAAUGCCAACAUUGCAGCGACGAGUGUGAACGAAGGAGCCACGGGAUCUGUGGCGGUGAUGAACAAAUUCAGUUCAGGAACAUCCCAUAUUUACGGCAGUCGGAUCUAUCUCUUUGGAGGGUUCACGUCCGGAAGUGGAUCAAGGAGUUAUCAGUCCUUCCAGGCUGUGCCGUGGAUCGAUAUCUCAACCGCAACACCCACCAUCGGAACAAUGCUGACAUUAGGGCCGGUUCCUGCGCCCCGGCAAGAGCACUGCAGUGUUCUCACCUCUAGCCAGAAAAUCAUUAUCUUUGGGGGCUAUGACGCCAAUACAAAAUCUACAUUCGAUGACAUCUGGUCCCUGGACCUCGUCACUGCGACGUGGCAGCAGAUUAUCACCAUAAACCCCACCCGGCCACGGUACGGACAUAACUGCAACCUUGUCGGAGCCAACAUGAUCGUGUACGGCGGUCGUGCCAGCGCGUCAGGGAGCACAACUGAAAUCGGAUACCUCAAGGAUAUUCAAGUCUAUGAUGUAAUUAAGACCGCCUGGAUGACGACUUAUACCCCAAAGGAGGAUUUAACCCCAAUCUCGAAACCUCUUCCCGGAGGCGUUGGGUUCGGAGGUACGGAUAGUUCCUCAGGGUUGUCAACGGGCGCAUUGGUUGGUAUCAUUGUUGGAGCCAUUGCCGUGGUGGGAUCGAUCAUUGCUGUGGUCGUCUAUAGGAAACGACAGAGACGAAUAGAGAUCCGGGAGGCAGAGAUGGAGAAGACGGCCUAUGUGACAUCCUUGGGGUCUGAUGGCGAAGCCGAUGAUGAACUGCACCGUGAUAGCAGCCGUGGUCGUCUGCGGGAUGGCCAUCGGAGCUAUCGCAACAAUCCAUAUGCGGCUUCGUCCGCAUCUCCGCGUUCGGGAUCCACGAGACCACUGAACGGGGCCGACAGUACUGUGGCCAACACUCCUGGGAUGAGACAAUACGAUCAAGCAGGUGUUGAGACAUUGACCCCAACAAGCCAGGGCCUGAAAUACACAAGCCCACCAGAGUCAUCCGGAGGCGUACAGUACCUGAUGCAGCAGCUCCCCGAUGGUACUAUUGCUGUCCAACCCGUCUAUCUCGACCAUCAGCCAGUGCCGCUUCAACAUUCACCGAACAUGGUGUAUUCUGAGACGAGUAGUUUAGGCGGUUUUCUGGGCACACCCAAGUUCUCUUCCACUGUACCGAUUUCAGGUGCUGGAGUAGCAGCAGGGAUGGGCGGUCAGUCAAGUCCGAACGCUGGUACAGGAUACCUCCCACCGCCUCUAUCACCUAUUCACGCCCACAACCGUGCUACUUCAUCAUCAUUUACACUCCCACCCAGCACGAAAGAUAACACUUCUAAUAUGGGGAACAUCGCGAUUCCCCCGCCGACACAUGAUCCCUUCGCGUAA